AUGAGCAGAGUAGGAGACGAGCGAAGGGAUGGUCCUUCGGGGAGUCAAAUGCCACCAGGAACCGUUUAUCUAGGGAAUGAAAUCGUCCACUUAGACGGCGUUGAGCAUGGCGUUGAUGGUCAAGUGAUGCUCCAACCGCGACCCUCUACGGAUCCGAAUGAGCCUUUGAACUGGUCGAGACUUCAAAAGGCGAUCAACUAUGCACUUGGCUGUCUCUUCACAUUGAUGGUCUUUGCUACACUUGACGUCGGCACCGUGACAUGGCCCUCCUUGACGGCUGAACUCGGAUAUGACUCCGAGUACCUCACCUAUAGCUACGCAGCUGGACUGGCCGGACUGGGGGUGGGAUGCGUGCUGUUCAUUCCCGCAGCAGUGCUGCUGGGAAGGAAGCCUGUAUACCUGUGUGCGUCCUUAACAAUGGUUUUUGUCAACGUUGGACAGGCCCUUUUCCGGACCAAGGCGCAGUACAUUGUUCUGCAAGUAUUGGCGGGGCUAGCCGGGUCCGUCAACGACACUAUCAUACAGAUGACGAUCAUAGAUCUAUUCUUCGUUCAUCAACGUGCUACAGUUAAUGGGAUCUAUUGUGUGAUGGUUGUCGCUGGGACCUACCUCAGCUUGAUCCCCGCGGGAUACAUCAUCCGUACUCAAGGAUGGCGCUGGGUCUGGUGGUGGUGUGCCAUCUUGAAUGGGGUGGUCCUUGUCCUCAUAAUCAUCGGCUUCGAGGAGACGAGAUAUUCAAGACAGGAGGAGAAUUGCUUUCUCGGACAAGACGUACAGUUCGCCGAGAGCCUUGAGGGGAAGAAAGCUGAAGAACCGGUCUUAUGCGAAAAGAAACAACAAUCAUCAAGACCAGAGACCUUCCCCAUCAUGCCGGCUGGUGAGCGACCGGUUAUUCAUCGCCGUAAGUACUUUGAGAGAGUAAUGUUCAGCGGUCCCCCAUCCGAUCUCAGCAUUGACACGUACUGGCGACAUUUACGACGGCCCUUUUUUCUAUUCUUCCGCAUCCCAGCGGUAACAUUCGUGGCUAUCGAGUAUUCCAUCAUGCUUUGCUGGGUGGCUGUUCUCGCCACCACGCAGCCUCUCCUCUUUGCCGCGGCCCCAUACAACUUCUCGUCCGUCGGGGUGGGAAAUAUUAACGUUUCUCCGUUCUUGGGGGCAUUUUUGGGAUCUGUUUACGGGGGACCCUUGAAUGACUAUUAUGUGGUGAAAAUGGCGAGCAAACGAUCGGGGGUUUACGACCCGGAGAUGCGACUUCAUAUGUUGUUGGCACCGCUGGUUCUCACCCCUCUGGGGCUCUUUCUAUACGGUAUCAGCAUUGCACAUGUUUGUCUAACCCCUGUCCAGCUCUUGAUGCAUACUUACGAAUCACAGGAACAACACUGGAUCGUCCCUCUAAUAGGUUCUGGCCUGGUAGGAUUUGGUCUGGGCUCAUCUACGUCGAUUAUAUUGCCCUACUUUGGAGACUCAUACCCCGAGCUCGUUGCCGAAGGGCUAGUCGCCAUAACGUACAUUCGCAACGGUAUUGCUACGGCUGCGGCAUUUGCCAUUAGUCCUUGGAUGAAUGGUCUAGGCGUGGAGAAGAUGUUCGUCAGUGCAGGCUGCAUUUGCUUUGGAAUUCUAGUCAUCGCAAUCCCGAUGAUUAUCUGGGGACGAUCCCUGCGUAGUCGUACGGCCGAGAUAUAUUUCAAUAUCGUGGCCCAGGGAUAA